GAGUAAUCCAAACACCGUCUUAAAUUUUCUUACUAAAAUAGAAGUUAGAGAAGGGGAACGACAAAACGAUGCGUUUUGAAAUGUGGUAGUAAGUAGUUACAGACUAUUUCACCAGAGAGAAAAAGCGGGAAAGACAGAAAUGGAAUUGGCAAGACUUCCGAUCUCAGCAUCACAGAGAGGGAAGCUCAUCUCCGCAGGCUACACUUCUCUCUCUUCCCUCUCCUCUCUCUCUCCUUCAACCCUUGCUCAAGACCUAAAAAUUUCAGACAACGAAGCUCUUGAAAUUCUGAGAGUUGUGUCACAAGGUAGUAGACUGGAUAAGCCAGAUGGAAGUCAUGCUAUUGUUAAUGGUGCACAGACUGCCUGGGACAUGCUCCAUGAGGAGGAGUCGUUAAAAUGCAUUACCACAUCUUGUGUAGAUUUAGAUGAUAUCCUGGGUGGAGGAAUAAAGUGUAAAGAAGUUACUGAAAUUGGUGGAGUACCAGGCAUCGGUAAAACACAGCUGGGGAUUCAACUCGCAGUCAAUGUUCAAAUUCCAGUUAAUUAUGGUGGCUUAGGUGGAAAAGCAAUUUAUAUAGACACGGAAGGCAGCUUUAUGUUGGAGCGUUCUUUACAAAUUGCUGAAGCAUGUAUAGAGGACAUGUCAGGAAAUAGUGAUUUUCUUCAGAAGGAUUUUCAAUCUUGCCAAGUUAAAGCGCAGCCCAAGGAUUUCCUACAAAACAUAUUCUAUUUCCGCGUCUGCAGUUACACUGAGCAAAUUGCCAUGAUAAAUUACUUAGACAAGUUCAUCUCAGAGCAUAAAGAUGUUAAUGUUGUAAUCAUCGAUAGUGUUACUUUCCACUUCCGCCAAGAUUUUGAUGACUUAGCCCUCAGGACUCGACUACUUAGUGGAAUGGCCUUAAAAUUGAUGAAACUUGCAAAGAAGUUCAGUUUGGCGGUUGUUCUAUUGAAUCAGGUGACCACUAAGCAUACAGAAGGUUCAUUCCAGUUGACUCUUGCACUAGGUGAUAGUUGGUCACACUCCUGCACAAACAGGGUCAUUUUGUAUUGGAAUGGCGAUGAACGAUAUGCAUAUAUUGACAAGUCACCCUCUCUUCGGUCAGCAUCAGCGCCAUAUUCUGUGACUGGUAAAGGGAUAAGGACUGCUACUUCAAAAUGUAAAAGAAUCAAAAUAAUGUAAGUUUUGAUAGGAUGAGAAAUAUUCAGACAAGUUUCGUCUUAGUUUGGAGGAUAGGACAAACCAAAACGAUGUGUCUCUCUCACUUGCUACCUAUAUUGCUCAAGCCCUUGAAAAUUGAAACUACGCCGUUUUGAGAUAAAUGUUGAAACAUGAGUUUUACCCGGUUUCUUCCAA